GCUAAACUGUUUCUGAUAACCUGAGUGAUUUCUAAGAAACCUCUCAAUGAAGGAAACUGAAAGGGUGGGGAAGGCAGGAAAGCAAGACAAUAGACUUAUAAAAAAAAGAGAAACUGAAAGGGGAAAAAAAGAGAGAGUAUUAAAGACCUCCACCCUGGCUGGGCAUUCUCAUCUGCUCAAAAGUCCAGAGUGACCAGAGACCUCAGACUCCAUAGAGCCUGGAGUCUUGUCUCAACUGCUGAACACACCUACUCACUAGCCAGCUGCAGGCCUCAGUCCUAGAAGAUGGCAGACAUGCCCAGUGGUGAGCCCUGCACCUCUCCACUGGCGCUGUUCAACAGCAUAGCUGCUCAAGGGGAGCACGUGAGGUCCCUCAAAGCUGGAAAUGCACCAAAAGAUGAGAUUGAUUCUGCAGUAAAGAUGUUGUUGUCAUUAAAAAUGAGCUAUAAAGCCACCAUGGGCGAGGAUUACAAGGCUGACUGCCCUCCAGGGAACCCAACAGCUGGGAAUAAUAGUGACCAAGACACCACAAAAGCCAGUGAGGAUUUUGUGGACCCAUGGACAGUACGGACAAGCAGUGCAAAAGGCAUCGACUAUGACAAGCUUAUUGUUCAGUUUGGAAGCAGCAAAAUUGAAAAAGAUCUGGUAAACCGAAUAGAGAGAGCCACUGGCCAGAGAGCCCACCGCUUCCUGCGCAGAGGCAUCUUCUUCUCCCACAGAGAUAUGAAUCAAGUUCUCGAUGCCUAUGAAAAUAAGAAGCCAUUUUAUCUAUACACAGGCAGAGGCCCCUCCUCUGAAGCAAUGCAUCUGGGUCAUCUCGUCCCGUUCAUUUUCACAAAGUGGCUGCAGGAUGUGUUCAACGUGCCUUUGGUCAUCCAGAUGUCUGAUGAUGAGAAGUACCUGUGGAAGGACUUGACUCUGGAACAGGCAUACAGUUACACUAUGGAAAACGCCAAGGACAUCAUUGCCUGUGGUUUUGACAUCAACAAAACUUUCAUCUUCUCUGACCUUGAGUAUAUGGGGCAGAGCCCAGGCUUCUACAAGAAUGUGGUGAAAAUUCAGAAGCACGUCACUUUCAACCAAGUGAAAGGCAUUUUCGGUUUCACCGACAGUGACUGCAUUGGGAAGAUCAGUUUUCCUGCUGUCCAGGCUGCACCAUCAUUCAGCAACUCUUUCCCGAUGAUCUUCCGUGACAGGACAGAUAUCCAGUGCCUCAUCCCAUGUGCCAUUGACCAGGAUCCUUACUUCAGGAUGACGAGGGACGUGGCCCCCAGGAUCGGCCACCCUAAACCUGCCCUGCUGCAUUCAACCUUCUUCCCUGCCCUUCAGGGUGCUCAGACCAAGAUGAGUGCCAGUGACCCCAACUCCUCCAUCUUCCUCACAGACUCAGCCAAGCAGAUCAAGAACAAGGUCAACAAGCAUGCAUUUUCUGGAGGAAGAGACACCGUGGAGGAGCACAGGCAGUUUGGGGGCAACUGUGACGUGGAUGUGUCCUUCAUGUACCUGACCUUCUUCCUUGAAGAUGACGACAGGCUGGAGCAGAUCAGAAAGGAUUACACCAGCGGAGCCAUGCUCACUGGUGAGCUCAAGAAGACGCUCAUAGAUGUCCUUCAGCCCCUGGUUGCAGAACACCAGGCCCGACGCAAGGAGGUCACUGAGGAAACAGUGAAGGAGUUCAUGACUCCCCGGCAGCUGUCCUUCCACUUUCAGUAAUGCUUCUCUGUGUGCAUAUAAAGACAAAACCUGUCAAUAAUCCUGGCCCCAGUAAAUCAAGUCACUCCCAGUAGGCUUCUGUCACAUGGUAAUUCCUGGGUCUCUACGCCCUUGUGCAUUCUGGAUGCUGUGUCUUCUGUGAUGUCUCUCCACCAGAUGUCUGCUGACAGUAAUCAGGGGCUGCUAAUGUCGUGUGAUCAGAUAGAAACCCAGCCCGAAUCUCUCCCACAAAGAGACCACAAAGAGUCCUCCAUGGCCCACAGAGGACUGUUCAUCUAGCAGCCUAGGGUUCCAGAUAAAUCCUAAAAUCUAUUCCAGUUUUUGUUUUUUGUUUUGUUUUUUUUUUUUUUUUCAAUUAUGUGUGCUCAGCUAGCCAGAAUGGUGCACACUUAUAGUCUCUGUACUCAGAGCCUCAAGUUCUGGGCCAGCCUAGGCUACCUAGCAAGAUCCUGUCAUAAUCUGUAUUUGAUUCUAAUUCUGUGGAAUCAAAAUACCAUUAUUGUAAAACUGAAAAGGAGACAUUUAAUGGGCAAAAGAUACUGUGCUCAAGCCCAUACCAAAUAUAUAUAAAUAUAUUUACAUACACUAUAUUUAAGCCUUGCUUUAUUAUGCUUGACUAGGAGGUCAUCAGCUUUGUCCUGGAGGAGUUCCUCAGGAGUAGAGCACUCACUCAGCAUGCAUGAUGCCCUGUGGUUAGUCCUCUUCACCACAGGGGUGUCGUUCAGCUCGAAAGCUGCUUUUAACACUGAUCAUGGACCAGGCUGGGCCAUUUCUAGUAACCUGAGUCUUGUGGGGUGAAACUUCGGGCUGAGGGAACUAAACUCCAGAUCACACAUGUUGUCCACUCCAGAAUCAUGCUUGUUGCCCUUAGUGUACUAGCUUUUCCACAGAUGGCCCAGACUCUACCUUGUAAAGCCCAGUGGUGGCUUCUCCCAACCAUCAGACUCUAAAGACAGGCUGUUGCCUUUGCAGAUGCUUUUGUUUUGACACUUGACUGACGUGGAGGGCAGCACAGAGCAGUGUGCUGGCCAUGCCUCAGGCCAGUGGACCAUAGCUAGGCAGAAAAGAACAGCAGCCAUCCAGGCCUUGGCCUCCUCCCUCUGGGCUGGAUGCAUGUAAUUAGCCACCACUCAGAGUCUUGACAAAGCAGAAGCCAUAUCUCAGGGAAAGCCCCUGGUUGAAGUGUCUGUCCUCUGAAGGCACAAGGGCCACCCUGAGUGUUCUGUACUUGCAUCAUUUUCAGGCAAAAAUAAACUUUGUUGUGCUCC